GCUCCGAAAUGGCGCCGGGGCGGGAGCUGAGCGCGGCCGGCGGCGGCUCGGCGAGCCCCGACACCGGGCGCUUUACUGCCCUGGAGCCAUUCGGGGUUUAGCUGCCUGCAGGAGAAGGUGUUUUUAGAGGGUUCAUAUUCCUUCCUCGCCCUCCUUCCUCCUCCUCUUCCUUGACCCCGAGCCGCUGAGCACCUCUGCUUGCCCAUCUCGCCGUGCAGAUGUCGACGUACAAGCGGGCGACGCUGGACGACGAGGAGCCCCUGGACUCCAUCAGCGAAGGCGAUGGGUACCCAAACGGCUUCCAGGUGAACUUCGGCUCCAGGAGCAGCCAGGGGUGCUGGGCUGAGCGGACGCGCACCGAGAAGCAGCUGAUGGUGGCGGUGGGGGUGCUGCUGGCCGUGCUGGCUGCCUGUCUGAUGGGUCUCAUCUUCCAGUACAGAGCCAGGCCACCUGCUGUGUGCCUGUCCGAAGCCUGCAUCUCCGUCACCAGCUCCAUCCUCAGCUCGCUGGACCGGGCAGUGAAUCCCUGCGAGGACUUCUUCAGCUACGCCUGCGGGGGCUGGAUCAAGGCCAACCCUCUCCCCGAUGGCCACUCCCGCUGGGGCACCUUCAACAACCUCUGGGAGCACAACCAGGCCAUCAUGAAGCACCUGCUGGAGAACACCACUGCCAACGUGUCGAGCGAGGCGGAGCGCAAGGCGCAGCGCUACUACCAAGCCUGCAUGAACGAGAGCAAGAUCGAGGAGCUGCGAGCCACCCCCCUCGUGGAGCUCAUCCAGAAGCUGGGCGGCUGGAACAUCACAGGGCCCUGGGCGGGCGACAGCUUCAACGCGACGCUGCGGGAGGUGGCCGCUCACUACCGCACCUCGCCCUUCUUCUCCGUCUACGUCAGCGCCGACUCCAAGAACUCCAACAGCAACGUCAUCCAGGUGGAUCAGUCGGGGCUGGGCCUGCCCUCGCGGGACUACUACCUCAACAAGACGGAGAACGAGAAGGUGCUCGCUGGGUACCUGAACUACAUGGUGCAGCUGGGCAUGUUCCUGGGAGGCAGCGACGAGGAGUCCACGCGGCAGCAGAUGCAGCAGAUCUUGGACUUCGAGACGGCGUUGGCCAACAUCACCAUCCCGCAGGAGAAGCACCGGGACGAGGAGGUCAUCUACCAUAAAAUGACGGCUGGGGAGCUGAAGGAGCUGGCUCCGGCCGUGGACUGGAUGCCCUUCCUCUCCACGGUCUUCUACCCUGUGGAGAUCAACGAGUCAGAGCCUGUCGUGGUCUAUGCCAAGGAGUAUCUGGAGCAGGUCUCUGACCUCAUCCUGGCCACUGAUAAAUGCCUUCUCAACAACUACAUGAUCUGGAACCUGGUGCGGAAAACCAGCCCCUUCCUGGACCAGCGCUUCCAGGAUGCCGAGGAGAAGUUCAUGGAAGUGAUGUAUGGGACAAAGAAGACCUGCCUCCCGCGCUGGAAGUUCUGCAUCAGCGACACGGACAACAACCUGGGCUUUGCCCUGGGGGCCAUGUUCGUCAAGGCCACCUUUGCAGAAGACAGCAAGCAGGUGGCAGAGGAAAUGAUUGCAGAGAUUAAAACAGCCUUUGAGGAAAGCCUGGAGAGCCUGCAGUGGAUGGACGAGGAGACGAGGAGAUCAGCCAAAGAGAAGGCAGAUGCCAUCUACAACAUGAUUGGCUACCCCAAGUUCAUCAUGGACCCCAAGGAGCUGGACAAAGUCUUUAACGAUUAUGAGGCUGUGUCUGACCUCUACUUCGAGAACGUGAUGCAGUUCUACAACUUCUCAGCCAGGGUCACCGCCGACCAACUCCGCAAGCCCCCAAACCGGGACCAGUGGAGCAUGACCCCUCCGACGGUCAAUGCCUACUACUCACCCACCAAGAACGAGAUCGUCUUCCCUGCUGGCAUCCUCCAGGCCCCUUUUUACACCCGUGCCUCUCCCAAGUCACUGAACUUCGGAGGGAUCGGGGUGGUGGUGGGCCACGAGCUGACUCAUGCCUUUGAUGACCAAGGCAGGGAGUAUGACAAGGACGGCAACCUGCGGCCCUGGUGGAAGAACUCCUCGGUGGAGGCCUUCAAGAGGCAGACAGAGUGCAUGGUGGAGCAGUACGGCAACUACACCGUCAACGGCGAGGCCGUCAACGGCAAGCACACCCUGGGCGAGAACAUCGCCGACAACGGCGGCCUCAAGGCUGCCUACCGGGCCUAUCAGAACUGGCUGAAAAAGAAUGGAGAUGAGGAAACCCUCCCAACCCUGGGCCUCACCAACCACCAGCUCUUCUUCGUUGGCUUUGCCCAGGUGUGGUGCUCGGUCCGCACGCCCGAGAGCUCUCACGAGGGGCUCAUCACCGACCCGCACAGCCCCUCGCGCUUCCGCGUCAUCGGUACCGUCUCCAACUCCCGGGAGUUCGCCGAGCAUUUUGGCUGCCCCCUCGGCUCCCCCAUGAACCCCCCCAAGAAGUGCGAGGUGUGGUGAUGGGCUGAAGGGGAGCUCCCAGCCGCAGGCUCUCCGUCCUCCGCCGCCAGCUGGAUUUCCUGCAGGCCUCCUCCGGCGAGGCUCGAACCACUUCUCGGUGCACCGAGCUGCCCAGCGGCGGCGGCGGCCCAGGUUCAACCCACUGUGAAACCUUCCUCAUCCCCCUCGCUGGUUUGUGAAAUGACUUCCAUCUGGGGGCUCUGCCCGCCACGACCGGGCCCACCGUGUGGAGGCACCGACCCCCGGCGAAGGCACCACAGGCUGCUCCAGCACCUCUCUGCUGCGAGGCGACAAAGGGACCGCGGCGGCCGCGGCCAGGCUGGCUGCGUGUCCCGGCACAGCUGACGAACCUUCCUCUCUCCAAAGAUGAGCACAUGAGGGUGGAAAAUCUUUUGAAGAGCUGGGUUUUUUUUAAUUUCUUUUCUUUUUGGGGGGGAUGAGGGAAGGGAAAUCUCCUUUUUUAAUUCAUGCCUCGUGGAAUACACUGGAAACAUUCAGGGGAAAUGCAUUUAGAAGCCUUUUUGUGUUUGUUUUUAGGAAGAGAUUAGGAUAUUUAUUAAUUUGGGGGGUUGGUUGAUUUGUUUUAUUCACUCAGUGCAGCUGUAGAUGCAGCAGCCUCUGGUGACAGUCCCUUGGCCAGGGAAGCUGGAUGAGGCUGGGGCUGCAAACAACCGGCCCCAGAUCCCAGCUGUUUUGUUCUCCUGGAGGGACCAUCAGGGGAUGCUGAUGGGGAGAUCUGGGAUAGCGAGCUGGGGCCACCCUGCAGGGAUGCAGCAGCUCCUGGGACCAGCUUUAAUUUUGGAAUGCAAAGGGAAAAAGAUGUGCCAAAGAUGUGACCCAGGUGGUGACAAGGGGGAGGGGCACGCAGCUGCUUCUCGCUCCUGUCCCCCUCUGCAGUGGGCUCAGGUGCGGUUGCCUGGCCCAGCAGCUUCCCCAGGCUGCUCCUGCCGCUGCUUCGCUCUGCCCUCUGCCUGCUCUCUGCACCCAGGAAACUGCAAGCCCCGAAACCAGGCCCCAGACCUCCAUCCCUCCUUGGCCAGUCUGGCACUGGUGUGAGCUCUGCCUGGGGUGGGGGCGAGGAGCUCUCUUGAGGGGGGGUUUGGUUUGUUGGUUUGGUUUCAAAUGCUCUUUUUGGAGGUCUCGAGAGGAAACCACUGAGAGCAGCUCAGGUUUCUGCGUGUUGCCUCCUGGGGAACCUUCUUGCUCCAGAGGGAAAGCAAAGACCUGGAGGGGUUUUUAAUAUUUAUAUGGAAAAGGAGGGAAGGGGGAGGGGGGGGGUGACCUUUUUUACCUAUUUUUUCACGCUGCUGUGGAGCUUGUCUUAAUGGAAAUAAUAAAGAACUUUUUACUGGG